CAUAUUACUAGAUAUGAAGCUUGUCCUACUAGUAUUGUUUUUCUUGACAAUACUACUGCUAGCCAAUAAUAUAAAUAAUGUUGGAGCAACUACUACAUCUUCGGAUGAUGAUGAUGAUGAUGAUCAAAGCAUAAGCUCACACGACACAAAAGAAGAUCAUCACGAUCACUAUGAAUUAUUAUCUGAGGAAACUAAUUGGGUACGAGGUGGUGGGAUGAUGAUGAAGAGCCGAUUUCUUGCGCAGAAGAAGAUGACAUGUGACAAGUUUCCAAGAGUUUGUCGUUUGAAGAGCAGCACUGGGCCAGAUUGCUGUAAGAACAAGUGUGUGAAUGUGAAGACAGAUCGGUUGAAUUGUGGAAUGUGUGGGUACAAAUGCAAGUACCCUGAGAUUUGUUGCAAAGGGAAAUGUGUCAACUCCUCCUUUGACAAGAAGCAUUGUGGUGCUUGCAAUAACAAGUGCAAGAAGGGUCACUUUUGCGUUUAUGGGAUGUGCGAUUACGCAUAAUCAUUAAUUAAACAAUCUACUAUAUAUAUAUAUAUAUACUACAUAUAUAUGAUUUAUUAUUGAUUGCCA